UUUAAAAAUCAAUGCACAAACCGACCGAAAAGAUAUAGUCGAAUAAAAAUUAAACCUUGAUAAGAGCGCGGCCAUAUAAUUCAGAUCUACUGAGCUUUCUGAACCGAAGCUUCAAGCUUUCUGUGACUCGCCGAACUAUUUGUUGACCCAUUUUAUAUAUUAAAGAAUAUAAAUUAAAUUUGCAAUCAAUAUCAGAAUUUCUUUAUAUUUGCAUAUUUUUAAAUUUUAUCUGAAAAGUUUUCAUUCAAUUUGAUAAACUCUACUGUUUGAUUUCACAUCAGGACACCUUCUUUUUAGUCGACACUUGCAUUUAAAUUACAUUAGAUAUCUGUGCCAUCCUAGUUCUACCAAUCAGCCUCGGAUGUCUUCUGUAUACAGUGAAGAGGAGAAGAGUUAUGGGCUGAGUAGGGCGAGGCUGGUGGAGUUCAAGGAGGCGUUCGACUACUUCGAUGAGGACUACACCUCUCUCCUCCCAGUGGACAGACUGCAGCACCACCUGAAACAGAUGGGCUACAACGCCACAGACAUGGAAUUGGACAAGUUCGAGGUCGAUGUGGAUCCAGAUGACACUGGUGUGUAUGACUUUGAUGCGUUUAUGCGGAUGGUGGCUUACAUCCUGAGGACAGGCGAAGACAUUGAGGAGGACUUGGAACAGGUUUUCCGGUUAUUUGACACCGACAACUCUGGAACAGUUUCAACGGAAGAGAUGAAGAAAGUGUUCAAAGAAGUGGAUCCCAAAAUAAGCAAGAAAGAACUGGAUGAACUGAUCGCAGAGGCAGAUCCAGACAACUCUGGAAAAAUAGACUUGGCAGAGUUCAAACACAUGAUGAUGAUGCCAGAGGAUGAUUAGCUCUGCAGGGGUCACAAGAAUUCAACCAACUGGAGUUAAUCCAAACAAACACUAUUUUGGCAGAUAUAAUCUACAACUUUCAUCCUUU